GCAUUUUAAACAAAAUGCUCCAAAAGUACCACAUUUCUGAAGCCUUAUAACUCAACAACCAUGAGUAAUGGGGCAUAAAUUUACCUACUCAAACCUCACGAAUAAACACGGAUUCGGAUUAACUUUGUCUGCAACUCGCACUAAAGAUACUCAAGUUCUGCUGGUACAGGCGGAUUUAUGUAUUUAAAAAACAGACAAACAUUUUUAGGCGAAAUACCCAACCAACAAAAUUUCGGAAACACUUUGCAUAGUUUUUGGACACACAUUUGCCGGCAAUUAGUGUCAUGUUUUGCUGCUUUUGAAUAUUUACAUGCCAUAACAUUGGCUAAAUUUGAGCCAAAUUAAGACAAUUUUUCGGGAGCAAAACGCAAAUAUCAUUGGCUUAAAUGGUCGGGUAUAGGUAAUCGUUCGUUUUCUUGGUACCCGAGCUGUUGCAAAAGGUUGAAAUGUGUCCCCUAGGGCAAAGUGCUUUGAAAAAACUGUACUUGUACUUUACAAAGUACUUGUAUUUGGGAAAGUGCAAAUUGCAAACAGGCAUGUUCUUGUUCCAUAAACUUUCCCCAAUAAGUGACAUCAAUACUUGCCGUUUCACCUUUGCCUACCUGCUCGAAAUGCAAUAUUCCUACCUAAGCCCUCGAAAUUUGUAAAAGCGAAGCCACAAGGCAGAAGUUGCGUGUUUUGAGGUGGCCGCACUUGCAAACUAGGUGCCCCGAAGAUAAACUACUGUCGAAAUUGAAAGACUUUGGAAGAUAAUUGUAAUUUGAUUUGGCUACUAUUGAAGAAACGUGUGUGACUUCGGAACUACCCCAAGGGACAUUCCUAUUUUUCAAUGAAAUUAGCGUCUUGCUGGUCGGUUUUUCACCAAAGACAUGCAAGCAAAAAUUUACAUUUAUUUUAGAACGACUUACCAAAAAUAAUGGUUGCGAAGGAAAAUAAUUGGAUUGUGGAUUUUUUGUUUGGAACACUGCCUGCAUUAUUGGCAGUUAAUUAACAAACUUGUAUAAAAAUAAACGAAGUUAUGGAGGCCGAUUUAACAUUUUUGAAACGUUCUAAUCGGUUUCGGGUAAACGCUCACAGAAAGGGGCGCUGACUGGCGCUGUAAUUGGUCCAGGGGAAAAAGAUUACAAAACCCAAAAUGCCCCUAACGAGCUAAAAAUGACACGAUUCUCGUGUUGAACCAGGAAAGGGAUUAAACAUGUCUAAGUAGAAACAAAUGACAGAAGGAGGUGUGAUGAAGGAGUGCUUGAGCUGCUUGACCAGUGCCGUCCAUUUAGGGGGCACUAGUUUAGUUUAUUUAUUUUACAUAAUGUUUUGAACUCGAGCUAAAUUAAUUGCCUAUAUUUUACUAUUUUAAAGUUUCUAUCAUUUGGUUCCGAUGCAAAGACACUCUUUAAAUUUUUUUACUUGCUUUUGUUUGUUUUUAUUAUCUACUUGAUACUAAUUUACGACCGACAAGAUUUAUAAAAGUACCAACGUUUGCUGUAUUUUCCGCUUUUUUCCUUAUAUUUUCAGGACACUUUGGAUGUUGCAAAAAAACAAUUUUAGUGACAAGUUUAAAUGAUUUUCAAAAUGACCUACACAUUGGCGUCCAACGCACUGAAAAAUUGGCCAACAUAAAUCUCAUAUUUUCAAAUGAUUUGUAUUGGGAAAAGUCCAGUCAACCAACACGGAAAUUAUUUUUCACUAGUACUUUGAAAUUCGUUUUUAAUUUUUCCCUUAACUCUCUCAGUUACAAAAUCUCUCGUUAUCUCAAUCGUGGGCUCACAAUUCUCUACCCCGAUCGAUUUUCCCAAAAAACUUUGUUACGACACUGAAUUUAGUAGAGCUUAAAUAGAUGAAAAAGCGAAGAUGAUGCAGCGCUUAAAUUUUUUAUCAAAGCUGGGUUGUUGCGAUUUGAUGGGUUGGUCAUUUGGUUUAUGGUGUGAAAAUUAGAGUUAACGGUUCGGUCUGUCCAGUGUGCAUGAUUUAUCUUCAUUAUUACUAUAAUUUGUUCACGCGCAAUUUUUGCCGUUUUGUUCAAAAAUGUGUGGGGAUCAUCCAAAUAAUUUUAUUUUGAGCUCUUCGGUGAUUUAGAAUAUUUAAUGAGGGCAUUUGCAAAAUGAUCAUUUUGCCCGGUUUCAGUCGAUCUGGUCACCAAUCGAUCAUUUGCAAUACUGUGUAAAUCAAAGUGCGGAAAAAAGUUUGCCACACUUUUAAACGAUCAGAUUAUUAACCAGACAAUGUCAAGUUUACAAAAGCUAGCAAAAGUAAAACGCACGUUUUGUAAAUAGAUCAUACUUCGCGGUUUUUUCCAAUUGUGUUUGCCACAGUUUCGAUUUCUUAACUGCUUUUGUUGGUAAUUAGUAUCCGAUAUAAAAGCGGGCUCCGCCAGUGCAAAAAUCAUUCAAAUUGUUCUCAUUAAUUAAACAUGAACACCUUUGCCGUCGUUCUCUAUGUAUCCAUUGCAAUCACUGCUGCUUUGGCCUUCCCAGGGCAUGGGGAUGGACAUGAAGAGCACAAAGGAGAAGAGCACCAUGUCCCAGGCUAUCACUUCGAAUACGGUGUCCACGAUCCGCAUUCCAAGGAUCACAAAUCCCAAGAGGAGCAUCGGGAUCACGACGACGUCAAAGGCAGCUACACAAUCCAUGACCCCGAUGGUACCAAAAGGAUCGUAGAGUACAAUUCUGGAAAGAAAGAUGGGUUCCAAGCGGUGGUAAAACGGGAAGGACACGCCCAGCAUCCAGCGAUUUAUGGGGACAAACACGCCGAUGGACAUGGACAUGAAGAUCAUGGAAAAGGAGGCACCAGCUAUGUGGGCGUUACGCAUUGGGGACAUGGAUCAGGAAGAUGAUUGCUAGACACACCAAAGACCAGCUUAAUAGAUUCAAUGUUUUUCUGCUA